AAUCUAUAAAACUAUCAGAAUUUUUCAAUAUAUCCCUAAAACAAGUGUUUCCUUUUCAAAUCAUUGCUAAUGUUAAUUUAUUAUCGUGCGUAAUUAAAGAUCGAUAUUGCUGCUAGGUGACCCAUUGAGAUUGUUUAUAUGGCAUCAAUAUGGCGGCCAACUGUGCUGCUCGAGAUUAGCAGUUUAGGUUAUGUUCAAGAGAGGAGUGCAUGUGAAACCAAUGGAAAGGUUUUGCUCUAACUUUUAAUCAAAAUGGGAAACACAACUGUUGUAGCCUCUGGCGUAAAAAACCAGGGUGAUGCCGCAGCGAGCACGCUUUAUCAACUCGUGGAUUUGAAGGGUGGCGGCGAGUUGGUUGAUCUUAUGAAAGUGGCAAGAUGGACGAAAAAUUAUACAGAGCUUGAUCAAAAAAUUCAAACAGAAGUCGCCCCUUUCCUCUAUGAUGGAGGGAAGGGGCGGUACAUACCUAUACUUGAACUGGUGGAAAAGAGAAAUAAAGACAGGCAGAAAAGCGGUAUCAAAGCCAGUAAGAACAAGCAGAAGUCGGCCCAGGACCAGGCCAUGCUGGAUCACCUGAUCAUGGAGGAGUACGACGUCAUGGCUGGCAACACUGGCAAACAGGAGCCCAAGACCCGCUUCCAGUGCUGGGACCUGGAGAAACGGGGCACGGUAGGGGAGACAAUUCUACACCUCUGUCUUCUCAACGCUACCCAAAUACACGCAGAUCUGGCCAAGAGAUUGCUGCACUUUUUCCCUAACAUGAUCAAUGACAUAUACAGCGGAGAGGAGUAUUAUGGUGAAACUGUCCUCCACAUUGCCAUUGUCAACGAGGACCCGGCUAUGGUCAAGUUCCUCCUGGACAAAGGUGCAGACGUCCAGUCUCGGGCCAGUGGGAACUUUUUCACUCCAGAUGACCAGAAGGGCUCUAGAACAGACUCGCUGGACCAUGAGUGGGUGGAUGUGUGCACAGAGACAAACUAUGAGGGCUACGUGUACUGGGGUGACUUCCCCUUGGGUUUUGCAACCUGCCUGGACCAGGAAGAGUGUGUACGUCUGCUCCUAGCCAAGGGAGCUGACCCAAACAAACAGGACGCCAACGGCAACACAUGUAUGCACAUGCUGGUCAUUCAUGAUAACUUGCAAAUGUUUGACCUGCUUUAUGGUCAAGGGGGACGACUAGACAUCAGGAACAGACAGAAUUUAAGUCCUCUGACGUUAGCCGCAAAACUGGCAAGGAAAGAUAUGUAUGAACACAUCCUGGAGAUAAUCCGCGAGGUGUACUGGCUGUACGGUAACGUGACCUCUGCCGGCUAUCCCCUGGAUGACAUUGACACAAUCUCCGACACAGGGGAGAUAAACUGUGACUCUGCACUGCACCUUAUUGUCUAUGGGGAGGAUGAGGGUCACCUCAAUAUGAUGGAUGGACUGAUUGUGACCUUGCUUCAGGAAAAGUGGAAGACAUUUGCUCGUGCCAGAUUUUACCGGCGUUUCGCCCUGUUCAUCAUCUACUUCAUUGUGUUCAUGGUGGCCUACUCUCUGCGUCCUGGCGUGGACCUAUGCGCCUUCAUGAACGACACCUCCACUCUAAGCUACUGUGACCAGCAGGGAAUUGACCUAGUCAACCGCACAGUCAACCCGUGCUACUUGCUAAAGCCCUAUCGGAAUGAGGAUGUCGCUCGUCUAGUCAUGGAGGUGAUAGUGUUGAUAUCCGCCAUCAUCUACAUUUUCCUGGCCUUGAAGGAAGUGUACCACCAGGGUUUCAACAUUUUCUUCUCCACUCUGACGGGAGCCCCUGCCAAAACACUGUUCCUGCUGUCCUGUGUGUUUGUGAUCCUCAUGUUGCCAGGCCGGGCGUCUUGUAACCACGAGUUUGAGGACAUCAUCGGUGUUUUGGCCAUUCUCUGCACCUCCCCGUACUUUCUUUUCUUCUGCCGAGGAUUCCGUAUUGUGGGUCCAUUUGUGGUGAUGAUUUACAACAUGAUCAAGGGUGACCUGCUGCGAUUCUUCAUCAUCUACGCUGUCUUUGUCAUCGGCUUUUCACAAGCUAUGCAUAUCAUAUUCAUGGACCAGAAGGGGAGUGCUUUUGCGGAGCCCAUUGAGUCCAUAAUGGCCAUGUUCAUUAUGUCACUGGGCCAGUUUGGAGACUUUUAUGACUCCUAUGACAGCACUAACUAUGCUGCGUUAGGAAAAGCCAUUUUCAUGAUCUACAUGGUGAUGGUGACCCUGCUGCUUGUGAAUAUGCUGAUUGCCAUGAUGGGUCACACCUACGAGCUGGUGUCUAACACACAGAAGGAGUGGUUCAGGCAGUGGGCGAAGAUUGUGCUGGUUGUGGAGCAGACGGUGACCACCAAGUGCCGGCGGGAACAGAUGCUCAAGUACUCCGUGCCCUACAAGGAGAAGCAGAGGGCGCUCAUGAUUCGCUGGCACCAGACGCAAAAAGAGAAAGAAGAGUUGGCUCGACUCCGCAAAGAAAACAAAAUCGCUCAGAGAUCACUGGCAAUGCGCAAAAGUAUGAUGACUAUUAAGCCCAACAGUCCCAUCUCUCGCGAGCUGGCAGGGAUUGGACAAAUCAAUAUCUAAUACUACAAUUCUUACCAAUCUUUUCUUCUUGGUUUUGGAAUCCUUUCCUCACUCCCCUGCUCUCAGCUCUCUGUUCCACUAAUGCUGUGUGUCCUCUUUUUCUGAAGUGUUGUAGUUUUGUACUUACAACUG